CACAAGGGAAAUUCCGUGUACCUCUCAUGUACGUCAUCACUUGGAUUUGGUCAUUGCUCCAGGCUUUAGGUCAUAUUCUCCUUUUUUAUUUUUUUAACACAAAUAGCGUGUGCCCUGCAUCUCAAAGGCCGGCCUCUCCUUCUUAUAAAUGGUCUGGCAUUUCGUCGAACACUGAGAGAACACAGUCGAUGCAUCCAGUUCCACAUAUGGCUAAGAGCCUCAAGCUUAAGUUCUCUCGCGUUAUACCUUCACUUCAAUUCUGUCGUCAGAAAAACCCUUCUACUUUCCCGGAAAAUCCAAUUAUUGGAAAAUAUAGGCUCUCUCCUCUGAACCCCAAAACUCGUGAAAUUGCCUACCCUAACCUCCCGGCUCCACCUCCACCUCCGUCAACACCGGAAGAUUCGUUCGUCAAACGUGGCGUGUCUAACAAGAUCGCAUCCGUCGGCUGUGGAUGCGGAUCGAGCCAAUGCAUUGAGCAUUCGUCUUUUGAAGAUUGUAGCUCCGAGUCAAUAGAACCGCGAUAUGUGAUCAAUUACGUCCCCAAACCUCGCCGGAAAACCUACGGUGAAACGUCAACCAGAAAGAAAGAUAGUAGAAAGAAGGAGAAUGAAAGCGGCUGGUUCAGCAGCGAAGAAGAGGAAACCGAAGAGACUGAAUCUCCCCAAUCUUCUUCGAUGACCUUCUCGAAUAAUUCCUCUUAUGAUUUCAAUCAAGCAAUUGAGAGCAGAACAGAGAAAUCCGAUACUGAUCAAUGUAGGCCAAUGAAAAACAAGAAAGGCAAUGUAAAGAAGAUCCGGAAGUUGAAACGCCACGUUUCGUUUUCCAAGCCGAAGAUAGUGAAGAAUGAGUCUCGGGUGAAGGUAUUGGCGCAGCGGAGUGGUACACCAUACACGGUGGAGGAAAAGGUGAAGGACAGCGUGGCGGUGGUGAAGAAAUCGAUGGAUCCGUACGAGGACUUCAAGAUGUCAAUGCUGGAGAUGAUACUGGAGAAGCAAAUGUUCGAGGACAAUGAUUUGGAGCAGCUGUUGCAGUGUUUUCUGUCUUUGAAUUCGAGGCAGUAUCACGUCGUGAUCGUGGAGGCGUUCACAGAGAUUUGGAAGGCCUUGUUCGCUGAUCAUAUCCUUCUGUAAAGCAUGGAGGAGUUUCAAUUUUCUUUUUCAUUAUUCUUUUGCAAUAUAUAUAUACUUACUAAUAAUUUGUGUUUUUUUCUAUAAGCCACUAAUAGUUUGUUGUUA